GAGAUCGAGGAGCUGCGCGCCGAGAUGCUGGAGAUGAGGGAUGUCUACAUGGAGGAGGACGUCUACCAGCUGCAGGAGCUCCGGCAGCAGCUGGACCAGGCCAGCAACUCCCGCAUCCUGCAGUACCGGCUGCGCAAGGCCGAGCGCCGCAGCCUGCGCGUGGCACAGACGGGCCAGGUGGACGGCGAGCUCAUCCACAGCCUCGAGCAGGACGUCAAGGUGGCCAAGGAUGUCUCCGUGCGGCUCCACAAUGAGCUGGAGGCGGUGGAGAAGAAGAGGAUCAGGCUGGAGGAGGAGAAUGAGGACCUGCGCCAGCGGCUCAUCGAGACGGAGCUGGCCAAGCAGGUGGUGCAGAACGAGAUGGACAAGCUCCGAGAGAAUUCCCUGAAGAAGCGGGCAUCUCGCUCCAUUGGGAAGACUGAGAAGAAACCGUCAGUGCAGGAGGACAGCACAGACCUGAAGUGCCAGCUGCAUUUUGCCAAGGAGGAGUCAGCCCUGAUGUGCAAGAAGCUGACCAAGCUGGCCAAGGAGAACGACGGCAUGAAAGAGGAGCUGCUGAAGUACAGGUCCCUGUAUGGGGACCUCGACAGCUCCCUCUCUGUGGAGGAGCUGGCCGACUCUCCCCAUUCCCGGGAGGCCGAGUUGAAGGUCCACCUCAAGCUGGUGGAGGAAGAAGCCAACAUCCUCAGCCGGAGGAUAGUGGAGCUGGAGGUGGAAAACCGCGGGCUGCGGGCGGAGAUGGACGACAUGAAGGGCCAGGGGGACAGAGAGCUGCCGGGGCAGGACGUGCGGUUCCUGGCGGGCAUCUCGGGCUGCGGGGACGCAGGGGACACGGUGGCAGAGCUGCGCCGGCACCUGCAGUUUGUGGAGGAGGAGGCCGAGCUGCUGAGGCGCUCGCUGCUGGAGCUGGAGGACCAGAACAAGCUCCUCCUGAACGAGCUGACCAAGUACAAGUCAGACCAUGAGCUGGAUGUGACGCUGUCGGAGGACAGCUGCUCGGUGGUCAGCGAGCCCUCGCAGGAAGAGCUGGCCACGGCCAAGGUGCAGAUCAGCGAGCUGAGUGGCAAGGUGAAGAAGCUGCAGUACGAGAACCGCGUGCUGCUCUCCAACCUCCAGCGCUGCGACCUGGCCUCCUGCCAGACCAGCCGGCCCAUGCUGGAGACCGACGCCGAGGCUGGUGACUCAGCGCAGUGCAUCCCUACCGCCGGCUGGAGGGAUGGGAUAGGCAGCAGUGAAGCCGAAGGGCAGGACAGGGUACCCGGCGGUGCGAAGGUGCCCGAUGGCCCCACCAAGCUGCUCAAGCCCAAGGACCUGGAGACCUUGCUGGGCAUCCGGGACCAGGCGGCGCUCGUCAGCAAAGCAAUCGACAUCUUGAUUUCGGAUGCCAACGGCUUCACCUCCGGGCUGAAGGCUUGCUUGGACAACGAGUGCAUGGGGGGGCUGCUGGGCGAGGCGGUGGGUAGCGGCGGCGAGAGCCCCAGCGAUGCCAAGCUGAUGAACGUGCUCCUCAUGCGGCUGGGUGUGCUCCAGCAGGACCUGGGCUGCUUCGCAAGGAAGGUGGACCACCAGGGGCUGCAGAAGGACCAUGCCUCUGAUUUCCAGCAGCCUGAUUUUAGGGACGCCGACCCUUACCGCAUCCCCCACGCCAAGGACACGGACCCCGCGCAUCCCCGGAGCUACAAAACCUGCCGGCCUGAGGAGAACGACUCCUACGCCACUGAGAUGAAGGAGCUGCAGCUGGUGCUGUCGGAGGCCAACGAGAGCCUGCGGGGACUGCAGGAGCAGCUCUCACAAGAGAGGCAGCUGAGGAAGGAUGAGGUGGACAACUUCUCACAGAAGAUCUGCCAGCUGAAGGAGGACCACCAGAAAGCGCUGCUGCGGCGGGAGUUCGAGCUGCAGAGCCUGAACCUGCAGAGGCGGCUGGAGCAGAAGUUCUGGAGCCAGGAGAAGAACCUGCUGGUGCAGGAGUCACAGCAGUUCAGGCAGAGCUUCCUCCUGCUCUUCAUGAAGCUCAAGUGGUUCCUCAAGCGCUGGCGCCAGGGCAAGAUGGUGCACAGCGAGGGCGAGGACUUUUUGGAGGUGAACAGCAUGAAGGAGCUGUACCUGCUGCUGGAGGAGGAGGAGAUAGCCCCACAGCAGCAGGCCGACAACAAGACGUGCGCUGGGGACGCCUGGACCCCCAACACGCCCAACGAGUGCAUCAAGACACUGGCGGACAUGAAGGUGACCCUGAAGGAGCUGUGCACAGAGCUGCGGGAGGAGCGGCACGGCGCCAGCGAGCUGCAGCAGCAGUUCACCAAGGCCAAGGCUGCCUGGGAGAUGGAGCGCGCCGAGCUCAAGUGCCAUAUCACCCAGCUGGAGUCGAAAGCAGGCAAAGGGAUUGCAGAGCGCGCGCUGCCGGACUGGAAGGUGGCAUUGAAGAGGGAGCGUGAGGAGCACCAGCAUCUCCUAGCCGAGUCCUACAGUGCUGUCAUGGACCUCACCAAGCAGCUGCAGAUCAGCGAGAGGAACUGGAACCAGGAGAAGGUGGAGCUGCUGGCCCGCUUCAAGGAGGAGCAGCAGCAGGCAGAGCAGCAAGCAAAGGACCUGCAGAACAAAAUCAACCAGUUGCAGAAAGGAGCCAGCCCAUGGGCAUUGAAGCAUUCUGAAAUGGAGAAGCAUGGCAGCAACUGGAAAGAGGCUCUCAAUGAAAAAAUCACAGACAAAGAGACAAUCUCUGAAGCAGAAGCCAAGGGAACCAACCUCAAAAGGACCAAGUCCGUUUCCUCCAUGUCAGAGUUUGAAAGCUUGCUCGACUGUUCUCCCUACCUCCCUGGAAAGACUGCGCCGGGGCUGGGCGACCAUUCCCGGGGCAAAAAGGCAUCCACAGCCACCCAGCUGCUGCCCAACGGGAUCCGGGACAGCGCCGGUGUUCCUCCCUCAAACUGUACAUAUGUGAAUAUUGAGCAACCUGCCCCCGACAGCCUGGCCAAGGAGAAGCUGGGCAUCUCUUCCUGGGACUACUCGCGAACAAGCAGCCUCUCUGGGCACGACCCAGCCCAGAAGCAAAUGCAGAGGAGCUACACAGCGCCCGACAAGACGGGGAUCCGUAUCUACUACAGCCCGCCAGUGGUGCGGCGGCUGGAGGCACCUCUGGUGCACAACAAGGAGGGGAAGAUCAUGAUCGAACCCGGUUUCUUGUUCACCAUGGCCAAGCCGAAGGAGCCGGAGGAGUCAGCCAGCGCUGAGAGCACCUACAGCCACCAGUGGCUGUGCAACUUCUCCAAGCAGCAGCGGGAGCUGCUGGACAGUGGCACGGUGGAGAGCGUGGUGCCAUCAGUGCCCCGCUUCCCCCCAUCGCUGCACGACCUGGAGAUCUCCGGCAACAUGAGCGACGACAUGAAGGAGAUCACCACAUGCGUGCGGCAGGCGAUCCGCGCCAGCUCACUGGAGAGGAAGGUGAAAAGCGCCUCCAGCCAGACAGUGGGGCUGGCCCACGUGGGGACGCAGACCAUCCAGACGGUGAGCGUCGGCUUGCAGACUGACCUGCCACGUGGCAGCAGCGUGCACGGCAAGAGCUGGUCCCCACGCAGCUCCUCCCUUGUGUCUGUGCGCAGCAAGCAGAUCUCCUCCUCCCUGGAUAAGGUCCACUCCAGGAUCGAGCGGCCAUGCUGCUCCCCAAAAUAUGGCUCUCCAAAGCUCCAGAGGAGGUCUUCCUCCAAGCUGGACGCCUCCAAGGACAGGAGCCUCUGGAACCUGCACCAGAGCAAGCAGAAUGGCUCUGCCUGGGCCCGCUCCACCACCACCCGUGACAGCCCCGUCCUCAGCAAUAUCAAUGACGGCUUGUCCAGCUUGUUCAGCGUGGUGGAGCACGCAGGCAGCACUGAGUCCAUCUGGAAGCCGGGCUGCCCCGAGAGCAGCCGGACCAAGCCUGAAGCACCCAAGUACGGCCUCGUGCAGGAGUUCUUCAGGAAUGUCUGCGGGCGGGCGCAAAGCCCCACUGCCCCCCCGGAGAAGAAGGAGGCCACGGGGGAGGAGGGCAGCAAGAGAGCUGAGCACCCCAGCCCAGCGACCCACCACCCAGCCGAAAACAUCUCCCGUGUCUUGAACAAGAAAGUCCUCAAGCAGAGCAGCUGCGAGGACCCCAAACCCUCGUCCCCCGGCCAGGGGAGUAAGGACGCAGCCCUGCGGGACCCCGACCUCAUCUCGGCCAUAGCCAGCGAGGAGGGGAAGAUCAUGAUCGAACCCGGUUUCUUGUUCACCAUGGCCAAGCCGAAGGAGCCGGAGGAGUCAGCCAGCACUGAGAGCACCUACAGCCAGUGGCUGUGCAACUUCUCCAAGCAGCAGCGGGAGCUGCUGGACAGUGGCACGGUGGAGAGCGUGGUGCCAUCAGUGCCCCGCUUCCCCCCAUCGCUGCACGACCUGGAGAUCUCCGGCAACAUGAGCGACGACAUGAAGGAGAUCACCAACUGCGUGAGCAGCGGGAGCUGCUGGACAGUGGCACGGUGGAGAGCGUGGUGCCAUCAGUGCCCCGCUUCCCCCCAUCGCUGCACGACCUGGAGAUCUCCGGCAACAUGA